AUGCCGGCCGGUGAGGGCAGAGCAGCGGCCUGGGCGGCGCUGCCUCUGCGUGCCGUGCUGGGUGUGCGUUGCGCCUCACUCCCUCCGCUUCCUUGCGGGCGCAGGGCGCUGCGUGUGUGUGGGUGUAUUGCCUUCCGGCGCGGCGCCGUCAGCUGCAGCGACGCGGGAGGGAGCGAAGGGCCCCCUCUUGUCUGCCGCUUUCGCCUUCGCCUUCGCCGGCUGCGCCCCGUGCGGCCGCGUCGCGUGGCAAAACGUCCCCUCGCGGAGUUCACUUGCUGGGCGCUCUGUGUGUUUGCGUCGUGGCGGGCACUGCGGCGGCGCCCCUCCUCCUUCUUCUCCUCCUCCUUGCGGGUAAGCAGCCGCCUGGUGUCCUCUGCCCCCUCCCGCCUCAGCGGAUGGCGGCACAACAUGCCACCGCAGCGAGGCGGUGUCAGUUCCCCACCGUGA